UAGCUCGAUUGCGCCAAACCGUAAAGUUCGAAGCGGUUCACACACGAGUACGAGUUGCAUCGUCGGCAAGUGCACAGGUGAAAACACGCCAAGUGAUCUUACGGUAGCACUUUCAACUCUUUUCCACCGAUCGCGAUCGUCUGCUCGUGCGUGAAGACUAAAAUUGUUGGUGUUGUUUUUAAAGAAAGAAAUCCCAGCUGAGCCAUCCCUGUUUCGGUAGCUGGUAAAGCAAAGUGAAACAUCGUGGUAGAGGCACCUGUGUCCGAAAGUCCGGAAUCGAUCGUUCACCGGCACACAUCUUCAUCCGGCGUCGAAGAUCAUUGCACUCGCUGUGGCGUGGUUCGAUAUUUUACGGUGUGCGUGUCAAAGUGCGUGUCAUAGUAGGCUGGGUUAGGGUGCGCGUACAGCUUCGAGGUCCCAGCUUUCGGCCGUUCGACUCUUCGAUCCGUUGAGCUGAACGUUGCGCGAAGCCCGUCAUAUUGACGUCAUACGAAACGCGCGUGUGGACAACACGGCCACGGAAUUAGGCAGCAAAAAGAGGCAAAAACGCGCCAGAGCUUUGUGAAGUAACUGUCCCAUGUGUGUCCGAGUUAAUGUUCGCACAGUGAGUUGGUAAAGGUUUUGUGCCAGAAUUAUACCGCCCCGGCCCCGUGUUCCGUCGUGAAAACCCUCGAAACACCCUCGAAAACGUUUGUACAGAGUGGAGAGGACUUAUCGAUUGAUAACGCCUAAAGCCGACAGUUAACCGAAUCAUCAUGAGACAAAUCGGAAUGGAGAUCGAAGACCCGCUCAAGCGGAUACAGGAGGAGAUCAACGAGGUGACGCGCCGAGAGCAGGAGCUGCGCGAAGGUCACCGGACAGGUUCCGGCGACCGUAACGGCCUGGACCUGAACGAUGACAAUCUUUCGACGGGCAAUUCGGACGAUUCGGGACUCUCGCUAUCGCCCACACCGGUCCACUCGCCCUCGGUGUCCAAUCUGAAGGACAAGCUCGAGCAGAAUGGGAAGGAGGUGCACCAGCGGCGCGAGGAAGAGCAACAGCGCCGCGCAUUCAUUUUACCGAGCCCGAAAACACUAACGCGGGCCCGUUCAACGCCGCAGCUGUUCCACACUUCGACGCCCCCGAGACGCUUCAACCCGAACCCGAACCAGCGCGGCAUCAUGCAGAAGUUUAUCGCUUCACGCGGACGGCUCAGCAAGCUGGUGGCAAACGGUGGUGCCCAGUCCGGACCGGCCGCAAACGUGCCACAGAUGAUGAUGAUGACAAACGCCACGAGCACGAAAGCAGAUCCGAUUGUGCCUUCGGUCGAUCUGAACCGCUCGCACUUGAUGAUUUUGCCGACGGCCAUCUCGACACCACCGGCCAUCGAACGUGACUCCAACGGCAAACCCAUUCGACGUGGCUAUGUUCCGGUCGAGGAGAAGAUUCAACGUGAGCUGCGCGAUCUUAAGACGCGCGAAUGCGAACUAAAGCGAAUCCGCAAGCUCAACCGAAACGCUUCUCAGUCAGAUCUGUUGGACAUGAACUACGACGCUUUCGAAUCGAGCGAGGAACUGUCGGACGAAGACAAUACGGAUGAACCGAUCUAUCCGAUGGCGCGAAAGCUGCGAUCGACCAAAUCAAUCAGCGAACUCUGUGACGCCCUGACCAACUCUAGUCUUUCGCCGAGGGAAACUCCAUCACCCCUGUUCGAAAGCCGCACACGACUGGGUAAUGGAUGUGGCGGUGGAAUGCGACCAGCAAUGUCCUUGGCGCAGCUGUGCGAUCUAGACCCACAGGAGGCACCUUCCUCACACAAGCUGAUUGCCCAAUGGGAAAGUCUGAUCCAGCAGAAACAGCAGCGAUAGAGCGUGUGAUAGACAUGCAUCCUGAGAAUGGCACGACUCUGAUGCUCCUGGCGCGGUAGAAAUCGCGCUAAAUACUAGAGGGUGACUGGACGGUGCGCGGUGCAGCAGUCUACCCGAAGCGGAAAGUUAACUAAUUUAAUGUGAUUUUUGUUUCGUUUUGUUUGGUUGCUUACAGCUGCCUUUUUCCAAGAUUAUGACCAAACAUAAAAGUUAGUCGGGGCCGGAUUUUUAUGCUUCCUUUUCCUUCAAAUAUCCAUCCUUUUUUUUUUGUUCUUGCUUACUCAGUACUGUUCCAUGCAUAAAAAAAACUUUGUACUCCAAUUGGUGGUGUUUUACCCCGAAUAACAUACUUUUUGGAUUAAUUUAUUUGUUGCUUAUCAGAAAUUGCAUUGCCCCCGUUGUGCGAAAGACUAGCCGUAGUGAGACAAGCGAGAAAAGAGUUUUUUUAGAUGUGGAAAUAUACACACACACACAAAAUUACAAUUCAAAGUUUAUCAACGAAAUAUAAAAAUUGCUGCUACGUUGCAGAAACCUGUAACGGUCUCUGUAAGGCAUUGAAGCUUCCAACAACAUGCUAUACCAAUCGGGGACUCAUGCUUGAACGCAUCAAAGUAGGCUCAAACUUAUCAUAAGACACCGGUAGUCGAUAGUGGCUUGUAUUAUAUACUGAUCGUCAUGUUGUUAGCAUUACGCACAAGGUAAACAUAGAAAUUUAGGAUCGGUUAAAUGCUAAACCAACCGAGAGGGGUUGGGAAAGAAUAGACGGUUUACGCUGGAAACACGCCCGGUAAGCUAGCAAGGACAAAAUGUUCGCUACGGUAUGCCGCUACAUUAAGCAACGGUAGGCAUUUUUUAUUCAUCAGCGAGAUUAUUUAGCGUCCAUGUAUGUGUGCGGAUGUAUGUAUCCUAACGUUAUAUGCUUAAUGUGUUUAUAUUUAUGUGUUUCCUUUUUUUCGUUUUUUUUUUUUGCUUCCCAUCACUGAAUUGUCGAUUUGUUACAAACGGACACAUUCAAGCGAGGAGAAUAAAAUAAAAUUUAUUGAAAAUAAAA